AAACCCGUCAAUUCAGAAGCUACUUUCCUCUUCCCUCUUCUCCAUCUUCUCCAGCACACCAAACCCCAGCCCUAAUCUCCAUCUCACUUUCAACACCUCUCAACUCCGGCCAUCGUCAUUCUCUUCUCUUGGAUCGACUUUGACGUACGCCUCUCAACUCCAUCCCUUUUUGCAUGACUAGUGGCCCUGCAAAUGUCCAGAACAAUAUGACUUCUUGGGAUGAGUUCAUAAUCAAGUAUCAUCAUGGAGGGAAAUUAAAUCGAGAAAUAGAUUUUGAAUAUCUAAAUGGGUCAGUGACAGAAUUCCAUGUUGAUCCCGACAAGCUUUGCUAUUGGGAUGUGUUAGGAGAUGUCAAAGAGAUAGGGUGUGAUAUCAACAAUGUUGUGGAGUUGUCUUAUAUAGAUGAUGACAGGACACUAAAAUAUAUUCACAAUGACCAGGGCAUUGUAGGUUUAGUUGAUCAACUAAGAAAACACAGGGCAGUGGAUGUUUAUGUGGAGAUUUCAAAUGUUAAACAUGACAUGAUUUUACCAAAAAUUUUAUUGCCUGGUUCACAUAAUGUUGAGUUGAAUGUGGGACAAGACAACCAAAGUGAGAAUGAUAGUGAAUCCAACAAGGAUGAUGAUGACAAUUUAGUAGAUGUUCCAUUUAUAAACUACACUUCUGAGGGCUGA